ACAGAUGUUCAUAUCAACAGCAUACGGCAAGGUGUGUGGCUGGGUGGGUGGGGAGGCGACUCUCUCUCUCCACCGCCAAGGUUAGUGUCCCGCCAGAGUCCGUCUGGGCUCGAGCACGUCCUUGUUCCGGUGUGGCUGACUGCUGGAGGGGACGCUUCCUCACCAGUCUUGAUUGUGUCACAAAGAUGGAGGUGCAGGAAAGCACAAACAAGAAAACGCCGGUGGUCGUGGUGGCCACCUUCUACAUGCUGGGGGUCGUCACUCUGCUCCCCUGGAACUUCUUCAUCAACGCAGAAACAUACUGGCAGUACAAGCUGAGGAAUGUGAGUCUGGGAGAGGACUGGGAGAGUCCGGACGCGGACCUCACACCCCUCCAACUCUCCUUCACCCCCACCCUCGUCAUCGUCUCCAAUUCCUUCUGCACCAUCUUCCUCAUCGUCACCUCCGCCAUCGUCAGGAGAGUGGGUGAGGGCGUGCGUCUGGUGGGGUCGCUGGCAGUGUCCUUGGCGGCCAUGCUGGUCAUCACCUUCCUCACCCUCGUCGACACCGACACCUGGCAGGAAACUUUCUUCGUUAUCACUAUGGUUAUCGUGGCACUGCUUAACGUGUUUACAGCGGUGCUACAAGGGUCCAGCUACGGCCUGGCCGGCGUGUUUCCCUCCACCUGUAUCAACAGCAUGAACUCCGGCCAGGCCAUCGCCGGGGUCUUCUCCUCCCUGGCCCGCAUCCUCUCCCUCCUGGUGGGGCAGGAACCCGUCUCCUGCGGCCUCAUCUUCUUCGGCAUCGCUGACUGCUUCCUACUCCUCUCCAUCGUCGACUACAUCUACCUUACCAAGACGGAUUAUUACAGUGAGGUGAAGAAUGAGUGCAGGUCAAGGAGCAAGGAGCAGGAGGAGUCCGGAGGGCAGCCAAGAGACAGGAGCGAUUGGGUCUUCUAUCUCGCCGUCUUUAAAAAGUUGUGGCUGAUGGGGGCGACGUACGGUGGGACGCUGUUCGUCUCCCUGAUGAUCUUCCCGGCUGUGACUGUCUACGUCACGUCCACCCUGCCGGAGUCCCGCUGGACGGAGGUGUUCUUCCAGCCCACCAUCACCUUCCUCCUCUUCAACCUGGGCGACUGGCUGGGCAGAGAAGCCCCUCGCUGGGUGCCUUGGCCAGGUCCGCGCGGGUGGACGCUGCACGUGUUUGGUGCGUGUCGCCUGGUGCUCCUGCCGCUGCUGAUGCUGUGUCACGGCACCAACAAGACCUUCCCGACGGUGUUCAACAACGACGCUUACUACAUCGUCUUCCUCUUCCUCCUCGCCUUCACCAACGGCCACAUCAGCACCUUGGCGCUCAUCUACUACCCUUCACUGGUGGACGCUGACGAGCUGGAAGUGGGCGGAGCUAUAAUGGCCGCCAUGCUGGGUGUGGGUAUGGUCGUGGGGUCCCUGCUCUCCCCAGCCCUGGUGGCUCUCUGGGGGCCCCAGUGAGCUGCUGGUAUGGCCGUGGGGGUCCCUGUUUUCCCAGACCUUGUGGCUCUCUGGGAACCCCAGUGAGCUGUUGGUGGGGUCCCUGCUCUCCUCUGCCCUAGUGGCUCUCUGGGGACCCCAGUGAGCUGUUGGUAUGGCCGUUGGGGUCCCUGUUGUCCAAGGCCUAGUGGCUCUCUGGGGGCCCCAGUGAGCUGUUGGUAAGGUCGUGGGUCCCCUACUCUCCUACACCUUGUGGCUCUCUGACAUGGCCUUUGGUGCCAUGGCCUUGGGUGCUACGGAAGACCACGAAAGCGUUUAACAAAGGUGCUCAUGGUGCAAUGGCACAGAAACUGUGUACGAAAGGAAUAACUGGCCAACUAGGAAGAUGGGUCAUUAAUUUCCUAACGAAUAGAAUCCAAAGAGCAAUAAAUAGUCAGUGUAAUAAGAUCUGGAUCAUUCAACCAGAGAAGCUCAGUUUUAAAGGAACUUAUUCAAACUGAAUAAGUUUUUUUGUCUCAUAUUGGUAAGAAACAAAGACUUAUGGUCCGUCCUGGACCAUUAUGAGGUCGAUUGUUGAGAAUGGUCCACGACGGACCGAAACGUCGUCGUCUCUUCAACUUCUAGUGUGUGUGGUCUGGUCAACAUUUUUCAGCCACGUUAUUGUGACUCCUCGUCUGCCUAAAGUAACGUAACUUAAGUAACAGACUCAAUGAAGUGAAGCAACACUUGGUUGAGCAACACUUUGAAGUUCUUGUUAUUCAUUACAUUAUAGACUAUUGUUAUUUUAGUAUUUGUUUUGAAGUUCUUAGCUAGACUUAGUAAAUGCAUUUUGACGUAAA